AUGACGGCGAUCUACAUCAAGAACCGCCUGCCUUCACCCAAGAUCGACCACAAGACUCCGUUCGAGAUCGUGUACAAGUCGAAACCAAGUGUCAAGCACAUGCGCGUGUUUGGAUGUCGGGCGUUUAUCCUGACACCAAGGGAGAAGCGAUUGAAGUGGGACCCGAAGGCUCGUGAAGGGAUGUUCAUGGGCUACGAAGAAGCGUCAAAAGAUUAUCGAGUGUACGACAUUGAGGCGAGCCAAGUGGUGAUCAGUCGUGACAUCACCUUCGACGAAUCGACUUUUGACUUCUCGAUGGACCGACCAAGUGACGAUGAUGAAGAUGUGGAGUUGGACCUCGACCUCCUGGCGAUCAACGAGGACGACGUGCGUCAAACCGUCUACAAGCAGACUGGCAAGCGCAAGAGUGAAGCAAGACCCGGCAUGUCACGUUCAGCUCGCCCUCGAACUGGGUUGGAACAAGCAAGUGCGCCGGCUCACAUCUCCAACCGUCACUUGAAACGACGAUCAAGUGCUCCCAAAACGAUGUCUGAUGACGAAGAAGAUGCAAGCGUCUGCGAUCAAGAUGACGACUCGACGCCUCAAACACUUUGGCGUGCGAGUGCAAAUGCAGUGGAAGCAACGGACCUAGCAGAACCUGUGACUUUUCAAGACGCGAUCAAUGGUCCUGAUCAAGCUCGCUGGCGAAAUGCUGUAUAG